UACUUUGAGGUGGACUGUGUGUAGUAUAUAACUGUUGAAAUUGGUCGAUCAAAGGAGUCAGUUAUUGAUCUGAUUUUAACCACCUAACAGCUCUCGGACACAGUCAGCAUGAAGUUCUUGAUUCUUGUCAGCCUCAUUGCUGUCGUUGCCGCCAAAUCCGCUUAUCCAACUAAGGAUUAUUCAUCUCCCGCUUAUGAAAAGCCUGCUGAAUCCUACAAACCUCAACCAUAUAGUUUCGAAUGGGCGGUUAAGGAUGAAUCCUACAACGACUACUCUCAUACUGAGAGUAGCGAUGGGAAAGUGAUCACAGGAUCGUAUCGCAUGGAACUCCCAGACGGCCGUGCUCAAAUCGUCAACUACAAGGCCGACAGCAACGGAUACACCGCCGAUGUCACGUACGAAGGAGAGGCCCAAUACCCGCCUGUCACUUACUCCGCCUCAGCUUACUCUGCUUCGGUCUAUAAUGCUCCAACUUAUCCCGCGUUCAGCAAAAUCCCAGUAAGCGAAAUUCCAACAUACAAGUCCCCAACCUACAAAAGUCAAUCUAGAUAUUAAGCAUAAUUUCACGUUACGCAUGUAAUUUAUCUGUGUGAAUGGUAAUUGAUUUUCGCUUGUACACGAAAAUUCGAUUUCAUUAGCAGGAACUCAUUUAUGUCUGUCAACCCCCCACAAUUAGUAACUUUCACCAUAAAAUCAUGCUGAUAAAUCCGGAUAAAUCAAAUAAUACAUAAUCGAACUUAGUUUCUA